GGGCAGGAGCGCGGCGUUGCUGGGGCUCGGACGCGGCCGGGCCGUGCGGAGGGGAGGGGGCGCGUUUGCCGGACCCGGCUUCCCGGCAGCGGCACGAUGAGCCUGGCCCUCAGGAAUGAGCUCUCAGUAGACAAAACUAAAAAGAAGAAAAGAAGAGAACUGACUGAGGAACAGAAGCAAGAAAUUAAAGAUGCCUUUGAAUUGUUUGAUACAGACAAGGAUAGAGCGAUAAAUUAUCAUGAAUUAAAGGUGGCAAUGAGAGCCUUGGGUUUUGAUGUGAAAAAAGCUGAUGUCCUGAAAAUACUUAAAGAUUAUGAUCGCGAAUCAACAGGCAAGAUCACUUUUGAAGAUUUUAAUGAAGUUGUGACAGAUUGGAUACUGGACAGAGACCCUCAAGAAGAAAUACUCAAGGCAUUCAAAUUGUUUGAUGAUGAUGACUCUGGUAAAAUAAGUUUGAGAAACCUGCGCCGGGUUGCUAGAGAAUUGGGUGAAAAUAUGUCUGAUGAAGAACUGCGGGCUAUGAUUGAAGAAUUUGAUAAGGAUGGAGAUGGAGAAAGUACGUGUUGGCAAAUACAACACCCUAUCAUCUUGUUCUUAAUUUUGUUCUCUUUUUAGGUGUUAUUUUGUUGUGAAAAUGUCCUCUUUCAUUUCCUUCUAGACUACUUUCAUCUUAGUUUCUUCUUCAUCAUCUCAUAAUUUAGUUUACAAAUAAUGCAGACAAUUGCUUUUGACAGCUACUAAUCCUUGAGUUUAAGAAUUGAUUCACCACCAACUCUUACUCAGCCCAAUGUCUAUUUAAAAAGAUGGGUGAAAGUGUAGUUGAAGGUAGAAGUAAGAGAGAUUCUGUGUACCUACAUUACAUUUUUAUUUCCUUAUUAAUCAGUAAAAGCAAUAAAGUGCUGAGAGAAAGAUUUUUGGUCACUUACUCAAUGUAUUUUAAGUGGCAAUGUGUCAUUGUUGUGGUUUCAGCACUAGUUAUGGAGCAUUAAGCUAAUAAAUCAUGCUGGAAGUAGCCUGGGUCUAUGUAGGAUCAGCUUGCAUGACUCCUUAACAUACUUCUGAUUCUUGGAGUGCUGAAAAGCAUAGUGUGAAAAACGGCUCUGCAACUGACAAAGUCAAUACAGAGUAGGCUACAGAAGGAACUUACUAGGUAGAUAAAGAAUGAAUUAGCAAAUCAAGUUUGAUACUAUGUGUGUUAAAUCACUGUGAAAACUGAAACUUAAAGCGUUUUUCAUUAUCUUCAAAACAACCUUAUUUUUACAUUAGAAACCUUAAUACCUGAAUUUUGAAGAUCACUCACUUAAAGAUCUUGCACAUAAAGACUGUAUCAGUCCAUCAGGCACCAUUCUUAGAGGGUGAUGACUCAUAUCUUAGAUUUCACUAGCAGGUCAUCAGUUUUUCCUGUGACAAUGAUAUUUAUGCUUGUGGGCAUAUGUUGGGCUCAAAAUGCACAUGUACUAGUGGAAAAAAUUGUGUUGUAAGCCUUUUGACAGAUAGUCUUCUAUGCUAUUCAAUGUAGGUGUUAUUUUUGGAAGUCAUAGCCGUAGAGGUGAGUGAAAUUAUAGCUCUUUGUCAAAUAUGUUUUGUCAUGUGUUGAUCUCCUGGAGCUGCCAAAUGAGAUGUCAGAAUUGUGGAUCAAUGUUCUUUCGUCACAUUGCUAUUUGGGUACUACAUAUGGAACAUAUACUGUUAGUUCCUUUCAGGAGGGUUACUGAGUCACUAUUUUGUGUCAGUGCUACAUCUUUUUAAAUCAGAUUGAUCAGCUGUGACUAAGUGGCUCAGUUUUCUCUUAUUCAAUCAUCCAUUCAUUGUCUUUGUUAGAGCAAUCAAGCAGAAGAUUGAAUAUGGAAGAGUGACAGCAUAAUUUUCAUAAUUUUUUUUCAUAAUUCAUAAAUUUCAUAAUUUUUGUUAUCCUUAAAGUUCUGUGUGCUUUUUUCUUCUUUAAAGAAAACUGAGGCUGUUCCUAGCUUUUCAAGAUUCAUUCUGAGAAAGUUAAUUAUUCUGUGAAUCACGAUUUCAUUUGUCUUCAAACACCUGGCAAAUGUGGCAAAAUCUUGCUGUCAUCUAGUUCUCCUUCUUUUCCUGCUCUCCAAAAAAAAAUUCAAACUGUUAAUUGUUAGCAUUUUUUAUUGAUAUAUCAAAUACAGGAAUAGUACCACUUUUGGUUUAAACCCUGUAUUACAUUUGAGAGAUUGUUUUGCUCACAGUGAAUUAAGGUAUCUUGUAUGGUACUCAGGUUACAUGAACCCUUAUGUUCACAGUAAAACCACUGAGCUCUACUGGUAGAGUACAUUACUACACAGUUUUCUGUAAAAGAAAGUAUAUUUGAUGUAUUUUUGUCUCCCCUAAUUACAUAAAUAAUCUUACUUUGGUAUUCCUGGGUUUAAUAAUUACUUCUGGUUUUGAGCACAACUAACUUGAAAAACUUUGUCGUGUCAGUUCAUGCAAUUUUGAUCAUCUUGUGUGGAUGCAACUGUGGGAAACACUGUUCAGUCUCAUGCCUCAGAUUUUUGGCACAACAUUAAGACAAGUACCCAAACCCACCUCUGAAAAAAUAUGUACCUUUAACACUCAAGAUUAUAAGUCAAUUUUCUCUUUCUAUUAGUUCUGAUUCUAGUUUGUUCUUUUAUGAUUACUUACAUCAUGGAAUUGAGGGAAAUCUGGUGCCAUGAAAAAACAGUGCUUCUGCUUUCAUGGUGCUUAACUCAUGAACAGAUCCUAUAUCUGAAGGGGACUAACUGGGAUUACUUUGGGUACUGGGAAUUGUAACUACACUGCUUUUUGAAGUUUCUUUGAAUGUUCCAAAAUUUGUCAUUACAGUGUUGUAUUUCCAUUUUGCAGCGUGAUUUCAAGGAUGUUGUAAACCAGAGAAUAUUUUUGAGACGAUGUUUGAAUUUGUGUUGUUACUAUGUUACUGGGAUAAAAGCUGUGGAAGUGCUUUUAAAGUCAUACAGUGACAGUAUUUUUGUGUCAUAGGACUAGAUGUAGCUAUGUGAUGGGCUGGUAUUUCAGAGCAUAGGGCCCUAAGCUAGACUAAAUAUACUUGUUUCCUAUUUUUUUACAUACAUCACAGCAGGACAUAUUUAGGUUUUUUAAUUUUUUUAUUCUUUAACAUAGUCGAAUUUCUUUAAUAUUCUUCUAGCUGUGAAUGUAGUUCCCUUCUUUGCAGUGCUUUGUUUAGGAACAGCUUGAGCAUGUUGUCUGGGAUGGAUAAUUGUCAGGGCUUUUUAUGUGUCUUGUCUUUUCCAUACCACCAUCUUACUCUAAUCAUUCCCCAGUACAGUAAUUAGUUGCAGAAUGAACAUGUUCACUGGUUCACUGUUUUACUGUUUUAACAUAUGAGUAAGGUCAGUACCUCAGGUAUAACUGCAGCAAAAUAAUUAAUGAGCACUGAUUAAUGUGUUAUUAUGACCUUAUUUCUUCAAGUGCAUUUGUGUAAAAUUUCUGUUUAUUAUAAAUGAAGAAUGAAGAAAGUUCAGAUAGGAAAGGCUCAUCAAAUGUCCAUUUUAAAUCUAUCUAAUUUACUUACCAAAUACAAAACAAUCUUAAAAUUUGUUUUGUAUUUGGUAAGUGUUAUAGAAUGGGGAAACAGGAAUAGUGUUGUUUGAUCUGUGAUGAUAAGUUGGAUGUAAAUGUUUUGAAUUAUGAUUUUAAGAAUAAAACUGAAUUCAGUCAUAACUAACUAAG